CUCCCCUCCUCCCUCCCUCCCCCUCACACACAUUAGAGCAGCAGCACCCUGUUUAUAGGAACUUCACCCGGGUUCAGAAGAAGGCAAAUCUCGGUCAGCACCGAGGCUUCAACUCGUGUCAAGGACAUCAGGGUCAGAGGGAGAGUUUUUGGGAAGACGCGUGCCAAGCGCAUUUAUUACUUUUCUGCUAUAAAAGCCGUGGUGUGUCUCUGAGCAGUGAGAAAAGAGAAAGCAAGGGAACAAGACAGGAGCGGUCCUCCUUCACAGCAUCUCUCUCUCUCUCACUCUUUCUCUCAGUCCUCCACAGCACACUUUCAGGAGGACACUGACUCUGGGACAUUUGUUCUUUUUUUUUGCGCCUCUGCUCCGUGAUGAAGUUGCUACUCUCAGUAGUGGUGCUUUUUCUUGCACUAAAUGAAGUAUUUGCAGAGGAAAUGGGUCCAAAUGAAGACCAGGAUUACUGGGCAAACGGCUCCAUAAUGCAGGAUGACUGGCUUCAAGCCGAUCCCUUCAGAGAGAUACUCAGACGGAUAACGAGAAAACCUCGGCCACAUCAGUUCAUCGGUCUAAUGGGAAAGCGCUCCUCUGCUAACACACAGAUUACACGAAAAAGGCAUAAAAUUAACUCCUUUGUGGGUCUGAUGGGUAAAAGAAGCCAAGAGGAACCUGAUUCAUAUGACUGGAGCUUGCUACAGAGCUACGAGGAAAGGCGUUGACGAACAACCCGACCUCCAUCAUGUCUGCUUCAUGCUCAGUGGAGACACCACUCAUCUUUUUUUUUUCUUUUCUAAAAUAGGUGGUUUCACUUCUAGACUCCAGUAAAACGUUGUUUUCCACCGUGUGGUGAUGUAGCAGUACCUGUGCCAAUUUGUGUACUAAGAAUGGAAGGGACAUUUUGAUACUGUCCAACAUGUAAUAUUGUGUUUCUGUCCAAGUCUUUAAAAAAAAAAAAAUACUAGUGGACUAUUUGCACUGCCAAUCUCUGCAUAGUGCCUCACGAUGUUCACAAUCUGACUGUGCUGUAAAUAUUGGUCAUGUUCAUCAUUCUCAGCAUUUCCUGUCCAUCAUUGUAACUGUGGCUUAAUAUUAUAUUAAAUAUUAAAAUUAUUUUCCUUAUUGGUAGAA